GCGGAGCCAGACUAGCUGCUCAACAGGUCAGCUGGCUGCUAGGGGUUGCUUAGUGCUUCUGCAGGGACAAGACAGAGACUGGCAUGGAGCAGGGGAAGCAGCUGGCUGGCCUCAUCCUGGCCGUCACUCUUCUUCAAGGUACUCUGGCCCAGUCAAAACAAGAAAUUCCUGUGGUAAGAGUAAACAGCGAUCGAGAAGAUGGUUCGGUACUUCUGACUUGUGAGUCACCAGACGAAGAUGUCAAAUGGUUUCAAGAUGGGAAGGAAAUGACGCCCCACAAAAAGAAUAAAAAUAUACAGAAUCUGGGAAGCAGUAUCAAGGACCCUCGAGGGAUAUAUUGGUGUCAAGGAUCCAAGAACCGCUCAAGAACACUCCAACUGUAUUUCAGAAUGUGUCAGAACUGCAUUGAACUAAGCGGAGCCACCAUAUCCGGCUUUGUCUUCACUGAGAUCAUCAGCAUUUUCUUCCUUGCUGUUGGGGUCUACUUCAUUGCUGGACAGGAUGGAGUUCGCCAGUCAAGAGCUUCGGACAAGCAGACUCUGUUGUCCAAUGACCAGCUCUACCAGCCCCUCAAGGAUCGGGAAAAUGACCAUUACAGCCACCUUCAAGGAAAACAAUUGAGGAAAAAUUGAACUCAGGACUCAAAGUAGAUAUUUCAAAUGUCUCCUCCAGGGCAAAAUCACCUUUUGUUAAGAACCACUGACCUCUAUUAACUUUCAAUCAACCAAUCAAUCAAUCAGAAGUUCUGAUCCAAUCAAGCAGGAAAAGUGUCUAUCAGGAAAACAAGACCCAAGCAUUAUUUGGUUUUCUGAACCCACCCCAAUUUUUCUUUUUUCAAUCCAGGUGUCCUCCCUUCUGGAUAGGUCUCAGGAACAUAGCAAUACGUUUUGGAGCACUCCUAGCUGAGAGAAUCUCAGCCCUAAAUCUAGAUUCAAGUUUCCCAAAGGCGACAAAUGGAGAAGAAAGGCCAUCAGAACAAAUUUGGAUUUUUCUCAAAAUCAAACAAAAUUAAAGGAAAAUCAUAUGUGUGGUGUUGCAGGAGCGCCACCUAUUGGAAGGUAGUUUUUCUGUAAAAGAAAAUUGAAAAGAUCUAAUAACCCCCUCUAUUUGAAUAUUAUUUUUUAAAGUUUUAAUUUUUGUUUACUUUUUAUGUGUGUCAUAAUUUACUUGGUUUAAAUAUGCAGUGAAAGGUCUCCCUCCACCUCUAUCCCCAGCCAUUCAGCUGUCCUCUCCAGAGACAAAACAACAUACUAGUUUCAUAUGAGGUGUUAUAAAUCAGAGUAUUCUAGGCAUACACAAGCAAACUCUUAAGUACACAUUAUUCUCCCUUUCCCUAUUUUUCACACCAAUGGUAUCAUACUAUCUACAUCUUGCACUUUCACCUAAUAAAACCCUAAGAUUGAUGCAGCUGGGUGGCUCAGUCAGUUGAGCAUCUGACUUUUCAUCUCAGCUCAGGUUAUGAUCUCAUGGUUCAUGAGUUCAAGCCCCACGUUGGGCUCUGUGCUGACAGCGUGAAGCCUGCUUGGGAUUCUCCCUCUCUCUCUCUCUCUCUCUCUCUCUCUGCCCCAACCUCUCUCUCUCUGUCUCUCUGUCUCUCUCAAAAUAGAUAAAUAAACUUUUUUAAAAAAUAACCUUAAGAUUAUUUCAUAUGAAUAAGUAAAGGAACUUUUUUUUUAAUGCAGCCACGUUGUACAGAUACGCUAUAUUUUAUUUAACCAAUGCUCUACUGAUGGACAUUUAAGUUGCUUCCAAUAUUUUGUUCUUACGAUGCUGUAAUGACUAACAUUGUAUAAGUGUCAUCUAAAAAAAAUAAUUGUAUUGAGGUAUAGUUUACAUACCAUAAAAUUCACUCAUUUUAAGCAAUUUCUCCUGUUCUCCGUGUUAGAGAAUUUACUCAAUUGUACCAUCAUCACCAUAAACCAGUUGUAGAACAUUUUCAUUGCCUUUCUUCAGAUUCCUUGUGCUGUUUCCAGUCAUUCCCUGUUCCCACCCUCAGCCCCAGGCGAUGACUAUUAUCUUUUCUGUAGCAUCAGAUUUGCCUUUUCUGGACAUUUCAUAUAAAUGGAAUUAUACAA